GCUUGGAGUCCAUUGUAAAUUGUCCAGCUAGGUGAUAACAUACUCGUUUGGCCGGACUCCUUGCCUGGAAAUUCGUCAAAACUAAUUGAAGAAGUGGCAGGUAAGGAAAUUGUCACUCUCUGGUGAACUGAGCAAUGGAGAGUGUGCUGCGAAACACACUGUGCCUACUCAUCCUGCUCUUCCUCUCAUGGCAGACAUCUUACUCUCUUCCACGAUCUUCCAUGGUCGCCCCUAGCUUUCUCAACAGAUUCCUGCGCGUUCCCUCCAAGACCAUCUCCGCCCCGAAGUAUAAGUACCAAAUCCGCUACUUCCAGCAGCGGCUCGAUCACUUCAGCUUCGCAGAUCUCCCCUCGUUUAGUCAGCGUUACCUCAUCAAUACCGAUCACUGGUCUGGUCCCUCUCGCCUUGGCCCAAUCUUCUUCUACUGCGGCAAUGAAGGAGACAUCGAAUGGUUUGCCGCAAACACAGGUUUCGUCUGGGAGCUCGCACCUCGCUUCGGCGCCAUGGUUAUCUUCCCCGAACAUCGCUACUACGGUGAGUCAAUGCCUUUUGGAAGUAGGGAAGUGGCCUAUAAGAACGCGACCACAUUGGCAUAUUUGACAUCAGAGCAGGCAUUAGCAGAUUUUGCAGUGUUAAUCACUGAACUCAAGCAGAACACAUCUGCGCAAUCAUGCCCUGUCAUUUUAUUUGGAGGAUCAUAUGGUGGAAUGCUUGCAGCAUGGAUGAGGCUUAAAUAUCCUCACAUUUCCAUUGGCGCACUUGCUGCUUCUGCCCCAAUACUUCAGUUUGAGAAUAUUGUCCCGCUCGAUACAUUUUACAACAUCGUCUCCAAUGAUUUUAGACGUGAGAGUGUCAGCUGCUUCAACACUAUCAGAGAGUCAUGGGAUGUAAUAAGUUCUGUAGGAAUGACAAAGAGCGGACUUUCACUGCUCACCAAGACUUUCCAUCUUUGUGGAGAACUUAAGAGUGCUGAAGACCUUUCUGACUGGCUGGAUUCUGCCUAUAGUUAUUUGGCAAUGGCUGAUUACCCAUACCCUGCAGAUUUUGUAAUGCCCUUACCUGGCAAUCCAAUAAAAGAGGUUUGUAAGAAAAUUGACAGCUCACCCAAUGGCACAGAUAUUCUGCAGCGAAUAUUUGAAGGAGUUAGUGUCUAUUAUAACCACACCGGAAAGGAUAAAUGUUUCAAUAUUGAUGAUGAUCCUCACGGUAUGAGUGGCUGGGACUGGCAGGCAUGCACUGAGAUGAUUAUGCCAAUGUCGAGUAAUAGAAAUACAAGUAUGUUUCCAGCAUUCGAGUAUGAUUACGUCUCUGAUGCAGAGUAUUGCUAUAGGAAUUACCAUGUCAUUCCCAGGCCUACAUGGAUAACAACUGAAUUUGGUGGACAUAAUAUGGAUUUCUCAAACUUCCUAAUCGUGUGUCAUUGGGGAGGGAACGUAUUUGAUGAAGGUGGUCAAAUUCGACAUGAAGGUGGUAGAAGCAGCUUUGACAUUGUUGAGCUGCAUUUGCCUCAUCGUGUAUUGCGACAGUUUGGGUUUGAGCAGGUCAUUCCAGCACCUAUCAACAGGUAUGUAGAGCUUCAUAGGCUGGAUAGGCGUGGGAAGCAUACAGAGGAUUGGGCACUGAGACAUGUCCGAUAUGUCACUCUCUGGGACAGGCGAGCUGAGCUAGUUGUGACUAGGACACUGACAUUUGUCCCAUCUGUUUCAGGAGACUACAUGGGAUGGUAUUACGACAUCACUCGUUUGUUUGUGUCUCCUUCGUUCAGAUUCCCUACUCACCAUUUCCAGCCUAGCUCCUUGGCUUUGCAUCUUACGACACGAGCUCUGCAGCGUAUACAUCAGCGGGCUACUUCCACAGUGAGUGAUACGCAGGACGUGGACAUGUACGGUCAGGCUCUGACGGGCAUUGCCUCCUUGUGUUCAGAUGUGUUGGGGCGAGUCGACUACGACUAUCUUAUACACAUGCCCUCAUCUUAGGAUAUGCCAUCGACGUCUAGUGCAGCGGCGACUUCAUCAUCCCAGGCUCAGCAUGAGAGAGUGCUUCUUCAACCACGACAACGGCGUAGGCGUAGGCACCAACAACAACAUCUCCAUGACCAAAGCGAUCAAGAUGACCAUGACAAUUUGUAGUUUGUAUUUUGUAUUGGAGUUUUUCUUGUACACUAGAUUGUAGGCACAAUUGACUUUAUUUUACGUCUUUCCACCUCUAAACUCUUGUAUGAUGUAUUAUGAAUAUUGGAUGGUUGUACUAUGUUUUACUGGUUAUUGAUGUAGUGUUUUUUAUGUUGUUGAGAG